AAUAUUGGCUAAUAUCACGAGGUGCAAAUACUAGGAGUCUUGGUAUUUGUUGCUUUGUGUUUUGCUUGGUGGCUGACUGGGCGUGACUCCUUGGAUGAAAUCUCAACUGACUACCACAUUUUAUCUUUCUUUCUUUCUUUCCUUUCUUCUUUAUCCCUUGAUACUACCUAUUGCCUUCUUUCUUUUAUGUCUUCGUGCUUUCAACACAGCACAUAAUUAGUUAUUCUAUCAAGCAAACGAUACUUACUAUUGAUACUAUCACAAUCACAACAAUGGCCACCGUCACCUUCGCUUGUCAACCUGGAGAAGAGAAUCCCACCACCACCACCAACACCACCACCAAAACCAAGACUAAGACUACCACCCUCCGCCGCUGGCUCACCUUCUCAACCUCAUCCCGUCCCUCCACCAACUCCUCCCCACGACCAAAACCACUCCGCAGACCUACCCCCAAACCCACCACCACCACCACAACCACAACCACAUCACGUCUAUACAGACGCGUAACCCUCCCACGCCGAUCCUCACGAUCCAAAACCAAACCCAGAACUAUAUCUCCCAAUGAUGAACAUACACCCAUUUCCCUACUUACAUCUAUAAACACAGACGCGAACACAACUACAAACACACCAACCCAUCCAGCAGAUACAACAACAAAUCCAACAACACCUCCACCCACAAGCCCAACAUCAACAAGAAGUAAAAUCCGAUCUCGCUCGCCCCUUUCCCCGCUGUCGCCGAUAAGUCUCAACUUCAGCACUCUGUUCAAUCUAUCGCCGCGAUCGAAGACGAUCGAGGAAUCUUCGUCGACGUACUCGUCAUCGGCGAGCUCAUCCGAAGCGCAGAUCCCGCCGCUGACGGUCUCGCAGGAGCAGCUCACGAGUUCGUAUGCGGAGUACUGCGAGGCGUUUACGGCGGGGUUGACGGAGGAGAGUUAUUUGUAUCAGGAAGGGGAAACGGGAAAGGGAUGUCAGCCGGUCAAGGAGGUUGUGAUUAAAGAGGAGAAGGAGGGAAGACAGGGGCGUUGUAUGGAGGGUAUAAAGGAAACGGAGGAAAAGGGAAAAGAAGGGGAGCAGGAGGAGAGGGCGAUUCCUGGCAAUGAUGAUCAGAGGGAGAUUCUACAUUGGUUACGGGAAUCGGAGGAUGAAGAGGGCAAUGGGAAUAGUGGCAGUGAUGGCGAUGAUGUACCGCUCCGAAUGUCUCCUCCCGCGAGGAUCCUCACGCCUGCUCGAUAUGAACAGUCGCGUCGGGCGGCGAGACAGCCCCAGCGUGGGAAGCAGGAGAAGCAGGAGCACCACGAGGAUCAGCAGCAGCAGCAGCAGCAGCAGCGACAUGCGUGGUGGACUGCACUCCGGGUGGGGUGGACGCGCAUGCGUCGCCGAACCAGCAAGGCUGCCAACCCCGACUACAAUUAGACUUAUUCCACGCUGCACUGCAUAAGACAAGAAUCAAUCAAUAAAUUCGUGCAACGUCGCUAGCCCAAUGGGAUCCCCAGAAAUGGCCGCAAGGGAUGUCGAUGCACCCGUCGGUUGCAAUCACAAGAAACGCGCACACAGGGGUAUCCCGAGCAUCUUAUUACAUACAGCCUAUGCCGAUACAACAAAGGAAAAAUGCCGCGACAAAGGAAAAUCUUCGUCCCCUCUCUCUUCUCAUAGCCUCACCACUGGUCAUGCAACAUUCCA